CGAGCUUGUCCUCGCAGACGCCGACGAUACCGCUGGAGGCGUGUAUGAUGGGAAAACAUAGCUUGAAGUUGUCUCCGACUUCGACGACGAUGCCGGAGUCUUUGCACCGCUUGAGCUGCUAACUAUGGCUGUCGAGGAGUAAGUCGCGUUCAGUGAGUAAGGGUCUGUUGCGUAUGCGGAUGGAGCUUCUGACACGGUCUCGGAUGUGAGGCUCGCGCUGGAUGGUCGCAAGGACGAAAUGCUAUAUAACGUUGAGCUUGUAGCAGUCAAUCCAAUCCCUGAAGCAAUUAGGUCUCCCAGCGCAGCAGUUGAAGAGGAGCUAGACCGAGGAGAAGCUGAGCUAGGAGACGAGCUUGUGGGCGUGCUCGAUGCUAGGUUGCUUGGCGUACCCGUUGUCAGACUUUCAGGAAUACUUGAAGUGGAAAAGGUCGAAGUGCUUGAUGUUGGGCUAGGAGAAGCACUCGAUGCAGAGCUCGAUAUCCCGCUUGAACUCGAACUCGUCAGUACAUUAGGUGUUGAAGUAUUAGACGGAGCUAACGUUGCACUGGUCGAAAGACUCGACGUGGGGCUGACCGAGCGACCCGAUGUCGAGCUUGUGAAAGAGCUGGAUGUCGAGGUCGUGGAACUGCUUGAGGUCGAAGUAGUGGGGUUGCUUGAUGUCAAAGUCGUGGAACUGCUUGAAGUCGAGGUCGGGGAACUCCUCGAUAUCGAGCUCGUUGAAACGCUUGUAGUCGAAGUCGUGGUACUGCUUGAUGUCGAGCUACUCCGCACUGCUGAGGAAGACGAUGUCGCUGUAGCUGAAAAUGCCGCAGACGAUGUCACUAUAGCUGAAGAUGAGGUCGCCGAUACCACAAUCCCUGACGAUAAGGUGAACGAGUACGGGUCUGCUGCAUAUGUCUGAGCAGGUGAAAAACCUGUUGUCGCAUAAGCCCAUAUCCAUUCGAACCUCGAACUCUGUCCCCAACG